AGGGGGCGGGGCCUGCGGGACGGGGCUUCCAACGCGCACUCUCGGAAGCGCGGCGGAACCCGCCCUCCGAGCCCAGAGAGGCGCUACUGCCACUGCCGCCUCACCGCCGCCGCACCGCCGCCGCCUCGGUCAUGCCGAAGCACGAGUUCUCCGUUGACAUGACCUGUGGAGGCUGCGCUGUAGCCGUCUCUCGGGUCCUCAAUAAACUUGGAGGAGUUAAGUAUGACAUUGACCUGCCCAACAAGAAGGUCUGCAUUGAAUCUGAGCACAGCAUGGACACUCUGCUUGCAACCCUGAAGAAAACAGGAAAGACUGUUUCCUACCUUGGCCUCGAGUAGCAGGGACCUGGUCCCCACAGCCCGCAGGAUGGACCAAAGAGGGCAGGCUCCCGAUCCACCCCUGGCUUCCAGACAGACCUGGGACUUGGCAGUCUUGCUGAACAAUGGUUUUCCUGCAGAGACCCUCAGUUCUGUUCCUUUCUAGCUUCCUCGAAAUAAAAUCGAGCUGCUUUUGUUGGA